AUGCUUGCUGCUGCAGUAGGCUUCUUCAUGGUUUUUAAAAGAUUUAGAUUCUAUCAAGAAAACAAAGAAAUCCAUUUUUCUUUAUCGUUUUCAUCACCUCCGUCUUCUUUAUCUCCUUCACCAGUUAAUCCAUCUGCUUCUCAAAACUGGACACAAGAUGUCUUUCCGAGCUUCCGGGGGGAAGAUGUACGCAGAGACUUUCUCAGUCACAUUCAGAAGGAGUUUCAAAGAAAGGGAAUCACACCAUUCGACGAUAAUGGGAUCAAGAGAGGAGAAUCCAUCGGUCCCGAACUCAUACGGGCGAUUAGAGGAUCUAAGAUCGCGAUCGUCUUGCUCUCCAGGAACUACGCUUCUUCAAAGUGGUGUCUUGACGAGUUGAUGGAGAUAAUGAAGUGCAGGAAAGAACUAGGUCAAACUGUGUUGGCCAUUUUCUAUAGAGUGGAUCCAUCUGAUGUAAAGAAACUCGCCGGAGAUUUCGGCAAGGUUUUCAAAAAAACUUGUGCGGGUAAAACUAAGGAGGUCAUCGAGGGAUGGAGACAAGCUUUGGCGAACGUGGCCACAAUCGCUGGUUACGAUUCAAGCAACUGGGACAAUGAAGCGGCCAUGAUUGAAAGAAUCGCCUCUGACAUUUCAAGUGAGCUGAUUAAGUCUGCACCAUCAAGUGAUUUCGACGGUUUCGUUGGGAUGAGAGCUCAUGUGGAGAAGAUCGGACCGUUGUUAUUCUUAGGCUCCAAUGAAGUGAGGAUGAUAGGGAUUUGGGGACCUUCCGGAAUUGGUAAGAGCACCAUCGCUAGAGAACUAUAUAGCAAAUAUUCUCACCAGUUCCAACUUAGUGUCUUCAUGGAGAAUAUCAAAAGACGUUAUCCAAGACCUUAUUACGAUGAGUACAGCGCGAAACUGCAAUUACAUAAAGAGUUCUUGUCCCAAAUAAUCAACCAUGAGGAUAUGUUGAUUCAACAUUUAGGAAUUGCGCAAGACAGGUUAAAAGACAAGAAAGUGCUUGUGGUUCUUGAUGACGUGGACCAUUUGGUGCAACUAGAUGCCAUGGCGAAAGAACCUUGGUGGUUUGGUCCUGGAAGUCGGAUUAUCAUCACAACACAAGAUAGAAGAAUUUUGAAUGCACAGAGGAUUAACCAUAUUUACGAGGUGGAAUUUCCAUAUGAUGAUGAAGCUCUUGAAAUCUUCUGCAUAUAUGCUUUUGGUCAAAAGUCUCCAUCUGAUGGAUUUGAGAACCUUGCUAAGGAAGUUACACAUCUUGCUGGUAAACUUCCUUUAGGACUAAAGAUUAUGGGAUCUUAUUUCAAAGAAAGGCCGAAGAAGGAGUGGACAAAGGCACUACCAAGGUUAAGGGCUAGCCUUGACGGAGAAAUAGAAAGUAUUCUGAAGUUCAGCUUCGAUGCCUUAUGCGACGAAGAAAAAGCAUUAUUUCUUUAUAUAGCCUGCUUUUUCAACUAUGAGCUAAUUAAGAAAGUGAAAACGUUUCUUGCCGAGAAAUUUUCAGAUGUUGAAGGUAGUCUUCGUAUUUUAGUUGAGAAAUCUCUCAUAUCCAUCAAGUUUGGGAGAUUUAUAGACAUGCAUACUUUGCUAGCACGUCUAGGUACGGAAAUUGUUCGUAAACAAUCCAUUAACGAGCCUAGGCUGCGUCAGUUUUUGGUUGAUUUUAGAGAUAUACGCCAAGUACUAUGUAAUGAUUCAGUAAGUUGUCGAAGUGUUAUAGGCAUACAUUUGAGGAAUAGUGAGUUGGGGAAGGAGUUGAAGAUAAGUGACGGAGCCUUCGAAAGAAUGUCCAGUGUCCAAUUCUUAAGACUCUGUUGGGAUAAACCAGCGGAGUUUGGUUAUGAUCGGUUCAUACCAGAAAGGCUGAACUGUCUACCUCGAGAAGUUAGAUUACUGCAUUGGGAAAAUUUUCCGAUGACAUGUCUGCCUUCUAGUUUUGAUACGGAGUUCCUUGUGGAAAUAAACAUGUGUCAUAGCAACCUUGAGAAAUUGUGGGAAGGAGUUAAAACGAUUAAAAAUCUCAAGUGGAUGGACUUGGAUAAUUCCAGCAAUCUAAAGGAGCUUCCUGAUCUCUCAACUGCCACUAAUCUCCGAAAGUUGAAACUUAGUGGUUGCUCAAGUCUAGGGGAACUCCCCUAUUCUAUUGGGAAUGCUACCAAUCUCCAAGAAUUGGAUCUUUGUGGUUGCUCAAGUCUAGUGAAACUCCCCUCUUCUAUUGGGAAUGCAAUUAAUCUCAAAAAAAUGAUUGUUAGGGAAUGUACAAGUCUGAUGAAACUCUCCUUUACAAUGGAAAAUGCCACUAAUUUCCAGGUAUUGGAUCUCCAAGGAUGCUUACAUCUACUUGAGCUCCCAUCUUCUAUUGGCAAUCUCAAGGAACUGUAG